AUGAAUGAUGUAGACGAGAUUUUGGACUUUGAUGACAACGUCGAUUUCAGUUUUACUGAAGAUCCUCAAGCUACUGACUCCAAUUUAUUGGAAGGCGAUGGCCUAUUUGACCUUGAUGCUGAAAUGAGCUUUGCGACAGGUGGACAGCGAGCUGAAGAGAAAUUAAGCGCAGAAGAGGAAAACAAAGAAGUUUCAGAGUUAAUUGAUAACAAAUCGUCUGGAAAAAGCGAGCUAGACAAUAAUUCAACCUUAGCGCAGCAAAAAGAUCAAGAGGAACUUAAAUAUGGCGAAAUUGAAGAUUUUGACAUGGAUGAUCCUGACUUCCUUAAGGAAUAUGGGGAAAUUAAUGGCGAUGAUGUGGCUAUUGAGGAUGACGAAUUCUGGAAAGAGUUGGGAUUAGACCCACCAAAUGAGGUAGUAAAAGAGGACAAUGAGAGAACUGCCGAAAAGUCUGAGACUACAGAAAAAUUUGACACGAACGAUGCAAAUAUUUCUAAGACAGCUCCAAAAGAAAACACUCCAAAAAGGUCAUCAUCACAAUCGGAUGCUGUUAAAAUCAAUAGCGCGAAAUCAGAUAUUUCUAUCAGUAAAUCUGUUAAAGGAACUGUAAAAUCUCCCGAGAAAGAAGAUGGUGAAAUAAGUAAUCAAAAUAAUAUUCAGCAACAAAAUUUACAAAAUUAUAGAGGACGUGGUAAUCGAAGAAAUAAUGACUGGCGUCCGAUUAAUAAUAGUAAUUCGUUUUUAAAUAACAACAUGUCAUCUUUUCGAUCAGGAUUUGGUCCUGGAUUGGAAGGAAUUCCUGGUAUACCAAUGGGACAAAUGCCUUUAAACAAUCCACCCAUGUUACCAAAUCUAAAUAUGCCUCCAGGACCAAUGAUUGGACCAAAUAUACAUGUUAAUCCAAAUUUUGCCAGAUUACGACCACAUGCAUUGCCGUUCGGAAAUCCUAUUAAUCAAUAUCCAAUGGGAUCAGGUCCCCCAAUGAACAUGAUGCCAUAUCAAGGACAAAUGGAAAUGCAUCCAUAUCAUCCUUCUAUGGCACCAAUGGGUGGCGGACGUGGUAGUAAUUCGUAUGGAGUUAGAGGCGGCAGUCCAAGUUUUAGUCAUCAUAAUUCGAUCUCCCCACCACGAAGACUACCAGUAAGUCAGCAGAAUAAUCAAAGGCCAAUUCAACCUUCUCCAAAACGUAAGGUUCCAAAUGACGGUUUUGACCAAAAAGAACCUGAUAGUAAAAAAAUUUCGGUUACAAACGGCAAAUCCUCCGCCUCAGAUGCAAAAUCUACAUCAUCUUCACAAAAAAAUGCUGAAAAAAGUAAAGUAACUGGUACAACCGCGACAACAAAGGAUACUUCCAGCCCCGCUGCUAAGGCUUCGAAUUCUAAGCAAGGAACUUCUACGGCAGUUACUAGCAAAGCAGCUUCGGCGGCCACAAAGAAUAAGGUUGCUUCCGGUUCUACCUCAACAAAACAACCCCCUAAACCUGCGCAAAAGCCUACACCAAAAAGCACUGUUAGAAGUUUGCCUACAAAACCAUCCGUUGCAUCUUCAGAAACGUCCAAAUCAACUGCAUCACCUAGCUCUGCUGCUGGAGCGAACAAAUUGACGAUUGGUAAUGUUGCCGAAGGUGUCACUAAGCGUGAAAUUCAGGACUUGGCCAACAAAGUUCCCGGUGGAAUUUCGUCGAUCACGUUUGAUCGUUCGGCCCAAACUGCAGAAGUAGCGUUCAAGACCUCCGAAGGAGCAAAGUUAUUCAGAAGAAAGUAUAACAGAAGCGUCCUCGGCGGAUCCAACAUUGUUAUAAACUUUUCUUGA